AUGAUCGACAACCUGAUUUGCAAUCUGGAGAGCACUCUUAUGAAGGUGCAAGAUGCAUAUUCUUCGCGCGAGGCGAUGCCCUUCUGGGCUACCAGAUUAUUAACGCCGACUUUUAUGGCGGUAGCCGUCCUCACCACCAUUCCAUCCCCGGGUCCCGCGCGUGUCACCGUCGGGAUGACAGUCUUCACGACUCUGUGGCUCUACGUGCUCACCCACUGGGUAGCAGAUCCGUCUUUCUUCAUGGAUGCGAUCUUCAUGAUCUCAAUCACGGCGCGCUGGAUGCUAAUGUUCCUAACUGGAACCCCCGAAAUGGACUACUACCAGACGAGUAAAACCGCGACGAAGCUUGACAGCGCCAGUGCGGACGGCGGGAUCCCAGGCGGCUCGAUACUUCUGAACAAGGUUAAAUGGAGCGUGGAGCUGUGGUCGUGUUGGCGCGGGCAGGGUUGGAAUUACGCUGACCAGCAUCUCAAACGAGGCGCGGAGCAGACUCAAUCUCGACGGGAUUUUCUGAUUACAAACGCAGGUAGGAUUCUUCUGAACCGGUACAUUUCGGACAUGGUGCGCAAGUAUGCGUUCUGCGCGUUCUGGCCGGCUCACCACGCAAACGUGGCUAGUGUCGAUUUUCGUUCAUUGCCCAUGCUACACCGGCAUCUACUAGUCGGGGCUCAAUUGGUUCGAGACAGCCUCAUGCUGGACAGCGAAUAUCGCAAGGCUUCGCUGCUCUUCGUGAGCCUGUGUCUUUCAACGCCGGAUCGAUGGCCCGGCCUCUUCGGCAGCCUGGCCGACUUAUACAGUGUUCGGAAUUUUUGGGGGAGAGUCUGGCAUCAGGUCUUCCGGCACAUGUUCAUACGGGCUGGAGAGGUGGUAACUAGAGCCCUGGGGGCGGAGAAACGGACUAUGGUGUACAAGUAUACGAAGCUGUAUGUCGGAUUCUUGGUAUCUGGAGUCCAACACUACGCGUGUCCGCAGUUAAUCCCGUCUUUGCGCUAUGGCUGGGGAAUGUUUUGGCAGAUGCCAGCGUAUGCUGCUGUUAUUACGGUGGAGGAUUUGAUCAAACACUAUGGCAAGAAAGCUGGAAUCCGAGAUAAUGGCUUCAUUCGCGGUCUAGGCUAUAUCUGGACGGCAUACUGGAUGACCUUGAUCUAUGCCUUGCCUGUUGGCUACGUGUCGGACAUUGGGGGGUUUGCAGGUGUGUGCGACGCCUAA